AAAAAUUCCAUUCCGAACAAGACAAACGUAGGGCCCAGUUCUUCUUUUGGGCGGUUCGGUCGGAGAGAGAGAGAGAGAUAAGCAUUGAGCGCACACACGAUCACCCCGCGGCGAGCCUAUCUACACAAGCACCAUGUCAGAGGAAGAGGCAGACUGCUGUCCGCUGUGCAUGGAAGAACUCGACCUUACAGACAAGACCUUUGACGCAUGUCGGUGUGGCUACCAAGUGUGUUUGUGGUGCUGGCAUCAAAUUAAGAACGAGUACAACGGGCUUUGUCCAGCCUGUCGGGCGCCGUACUCGGAACUCGCCAAGUCCAAGGGGAACGUCGACAGAGAAGAUGUGGUGCGGCGUACGAAACAGAGAAAACAAAAGGAGAAGAUUGAAAAGAAAGCUGUCGCGCCGCCGAAAGCUGCCCCGAUCAACCGCAAGAGUCUUGUCAACGUGCGCGUCAUGCAGAGGAACCUCGUGUACGUCAUAGGACUACCCGUGCAUUACGCCGACGAAGAGAUGCUCCGGUCCAAAGAUUGCUUUGGGCAGUACGGUCGCAUCGUCAAGGCCGUCGUGAACAAAUCUCAUCUAAACACAGACCGGAACAACGCGACCGCGAGCGCGUAUAUUACAUUUGCACACAAGGCCGACGCUCAGAACUGCAUCGACCUCAUUGACGGCUACGUGUUGGACGGGUCGUUGCUUCGGGCGUCAUUUGGCACAACCAAGUACUGCAACUUUUUCCUGCGCAACUUGUCGUGUAACAAUCCCGAGUGCCUGUACCUGCACGAGCUCGGCGAAACAGACGACAGCUUUACGAAGGAGGAGAUGCAAACAGCGGGCAAGGGCUGCUUUCGCGAGAUAGGACUAUACGAAGACCGACGAGGCAACGCGUUUCCCCAUCUUACACCGGCCAUGCGCGAAGCCCAAGUAGUCGACGGCAAGGCCCCCCAGGCUCGACCGACGGCCGUGGCAUCGGACGCCCAACGUAAAGCACAGAGCGCGGCGGCCAUUUCCAAGCUCAAACUACACACAGAACAAGACUCCAAGCCCCGACCAAAGCAGCACGACUACGCAGCAGCUCCUGCACCCGUGCCGACGACUGCACCGACUUCAUCCACAUCGCCAUCGAGCCCACACAUUACACAGACCGAAGCACAGACAAAACCUGUGCUGUACGUUGAUACGAGCAGCACUGGCAAGGCGCUGCCACCUGCCACAAGCCCUACCGCUGACGAGCCACUAUGGGCACAGUCGUUCCCACGGGUGACCCAAGCGUCGAACGAGCCUUCACAGCGACCGAUCCAUCACGUGUUUAGUCCAUUUGGCAUGGGUUUUGACGGUGGAAUCGGCCGUGUGCACCAGCAACAGCCGCCCCUGCAACCCCCGCAACAUCACAGUGCGCCGCCACCUCCGCCAUCCUCUGGGGACAAGACGGCCCACGUGUCUGCCUGGAGUUUCGACCCGCUCUUCUCGGACAGUCGCCAAGCCCCCGUGUCGCCCCUGCAUCCGUCGCCGCCAGUGUUUGAAUUUGCUGCCGUGGAUUCUGCGUUCACCCCUCGCAACGAAUCAUCCGAAGCGCUGGCGGGACUCCUGGGGGUCCAGUUGAGCGCGAAGCCUCUGCUGACCGGAAGCAUGAUGCCGCCGCCAACCAGCGCGAUUGCCCCUCCGACUUCGGGGGGCAAGCGUGGGUCUCGCUUCAGUUUUGCCAACGCUGGAGGAAACGAACCCGCGCCGUCGUCGCAGCCGUCGCCCGUGAUGGAAGAUUACAACCCGUUUGGAGGCAUGUACCGAUCGCCGGAAAAAAUGUUUGACGGCGCGGGGUCGGCAACGUCGUCGUCGGGGGCGUUUGCACUGUCGAUGGGUCCUCCGGACGCAUCUUUGUCUGGCAUGGCGUUCCUGCAGCAGAUGCUCCCGAACGUCAACAUUAGCUAUGGCCGCGAACCCACCGAGCAGCACAUGCACCGACCGGCGUACACGCACUCGUUUGAACAAAAGAGUUCGUGGACGAAUGGGCUGGACAGUUCGCGCACCGACAACCCGUUCUGGUCGCAAGGCAGUUCGUUGGAUGCGCCGCCGCCGUCGUCGUACGCGUUUCACGACCCAGCAAUCGUCCACGGUGGUGGCAGUGUCUUUGGCGGGAGCGCAUUUUACCAGGACGACGCGGCGGUGCAACAGCAGAAGAAGCCGUUUGGUCGAUCGUUUGCCGCCAGUCCACAGCACCACAUGAACACGGGGCGCAGUUAAAACAAAAUCGACUGGUUUGACUUAGCUGUGCAAUCAACACUAGUUGGCUGCCCCGUCGUCAGUCGGCUCGACGACAGGGUCCACAUGGACUGGCCGCGGCGACAGCACGUUGAUGACUUUGGUGGACGAGUACCCGAGCACGCGGCGGACCUUUGGGUACAACGACGAGAGCACGGGAAUGCUCUCGACGACCGACUUGAGGUCCCAGUGGUCUGUGUGCGAGAUGACCUGCACACCAGUGGUGGGGCAUCGGU